UGCCUGUGCUCACCCCUACGCCGGUAAUGAAGCCUGCCUUUUCCAUGCCCGUGGCUCCAACACCGCAGCCAGAGGCGUCCAAGGUGACAGAGAUAACAUGGAACAAGCCGCGGCGGUUCAUUCCACUGGACGAUGCUGUCCAAUGCCAUUUUGGACAACAUGCUCGAAUCUAUUGUGCGUGACAUUGCCGCACCUGAGCUCGACCGCAGUUGUGCCAAUGAGCGAAUCGCGGCACAGCUGGCUGAGGACAUUGCCAGCUCGCUGACCGACUAUACGAGCGCCUUUAUUGCGUAUGAGGUGGCAUACCGAGAGGUGAUGACUGCCAAGGCAGAUGCAUUCCGGAAGCGCGCGUUGGCGAGCACAGUGUUUUCGCAGUGGCAGAUGGAGGUGACGGCACGGGAGCAAGAAGCAGCGCUGCGACAGCAGUAUAUCGACGAUUUGAAGACAAUUGUCGAUAGUGCGCCGGCACUGCAGCCGCCCAGAAGCCUGCUCUCUAGGCAGCCGAUGAUGAUUUCGCCUGCACACAGCCGGACGCAAUCGAAUGUGUCGAGUGUAUCGAUGCAGUCGGCACAGGCCUGCUGAGAGCACGUUCUGGGAUUCGUGCCAGCUGGGCCGCAGCGGAUUCGCAUCCCUUACGACGGACACUGGAG